CACACAUCUGUCUCUCUCUCUCUCUCCUCUAGCUCUCUCUCUCUACAAUAUUCAAGAAUAGAUUCCUUGUCACCUACAGGAACAUCCUCCAAUGGAAUAAAAAUCUAUCCAAAAAAAAAAAAACAAGCCAGAGAAAAAGGAAGAAGUGGAUCUAAGAAAAAUAUGGGUGCGCAAUUGAGAAGCACCACCCGUAAUAAUCACUACAUUCGCGCCCUUAACGAAGCCUAUUAUUCUCUGGCACAAACGACAUCAUCACAGUCAUGGUUGUCUACGUCCUUGCUGUCGUUUUCUUCACCCACUAGCCCGUUUCUGCUCAAUAGGAAGAAUUCUCUUGGUCUGAUUACCACCGCCAAAACAGGAGGGAAAAACGACGUCGUAGGAAGAGAGAGAAGAAGAAAUGGGAUUGUUGUGGCGUCAAGCAACGUCGGAGCGGCGCCGUUUUGGGAUGGUUGGACGCCUGAAAAGGCUUCCUCCGCUCCUUCCCUUAGCGACAUCCUUUGGCCUUCUGCAGGGGCCUUUGCGGCAAUGGCGUUAUUGGGAAAGAUGGAUCAGAUAUUGGCACCCAAAGGAGUUUCAAUGACAAUUGCGCCCUUAGGGGCUGUUUGUGCUGUCCUAUUUGCCACACCAUCAUCCCCUGGUGCUAAGAAGUACAACAUGUUCAUGGCCCAAAUCGGUUGUGCAGCCAUCGGUGUUCUAGCAUUCUCUAUAUUUGGUCCGGGAUGGCUCGCUAGGAGCUCUGCGCUUGCUGCUUCCAUAGCUUUCAUGAUUUUCACGCGUUCUACUCAUCCACCAGCUGCCAGCUUGCCGAUAUUGUUCAUCGAUGGAGCUAAGUUGCAUUCCUUGAAUUUCUGGUAUGCAUUGUUCCCGGGUGCUGCCGGCUGUGUUCUCCUCUGUUUGAUUCAAGAAGUGGUGGUCUACUUGAGGAACAACCUCAAAUUUUGACCUUGAUCUGCAAAAGCAAAUACAUUAACAUGCUUUUCCCUCAUCAAAUUCGGCGCAACGGUUCGUCAGAACUUCCAAUGGAAAAGGAUCAUAUUGGAAGGCCUCGGAGUAUCGUUACCAGCAUUUUUUCCACUCCAAUAACGUGAGCAAGUUCUUUUUAAACUCUACGAAAGAGUUCUCAUAAAAUGUUUAUGAAAACCUUGGCCAAGAUUGAUGCACAAGAACUUGAUACUGAUACGAUUCUAAAGUCGUUAAAUUCACUGGGAAGAAAAUUGGGAUUAAGAACAUUGCUCGCAAGCCAAAGAAAGCCAUUUCUUUUGUGUAUAAACUGUAUUUAUGAAUGAGCAAUAAAAGAUUCGUCUCAUC